UAUUAUCAACAUCUAUCAGCAGAUGUGUGUGGAGCUCACUGUUAAACACACACAUUUAAUUCAUUUAUUUGCAUGUAACGUCCACCUCCUGUCAUUUAGAAGACGUCCGGACCACACGGACAGAACAUUUAGCUUACUUCUGUGGAAAUUACACAACGUGAAGGCAAUAAGUUACUACUGGAAAGUAGGCGGUUGUGGCGACGCGUUUAGGGUCGUCUUCUUCUGCAGGUAAUUGGUCGUCACCCAGAGGCUAUCAGAACUGGGGCCUUUGAAAAUGUCGCUACACGGUAAACGUAAAGAAAUCUACAAAUACGAGGCGCCGUGGACAGUUUACGCCAUGAAUUGGACCGUCCGACCGGAUAAACGCUUCCGCCUGGCACUCGGCAGCUUCGUGGAGGAAUACAACAACAAGGUUCAGAUAGUGGGUCUGGAGGAGGAGAGCUCUGAGUUUUUAUGUCGAAACACGUUCGACCACCCCUACCCGACCACAAAGAUCAUGUGGAUUCCUGACACAAAGGGCAUGUACCCUGACCUUCUGGCCACCAGCGGAGACUACCUGAGAAUUUGGAGGGUCAGUGACACAGAAACCCGUCUGGAGUGUCUACUUAACAACAACAAGAACUCAGACUUCUGUGCUCCGCUCACAUCCUUCGACUGGAACGAGGUGGAUCCAAACAUGUUAGGGACCUCCAGUAUUGACACCACAUGUACAAUCUGGGGGUUGGAAACUGGACAGGUUCUGGGCAGGGUCAACCUGGUGUCAGGUCAUGUCAAGACGCAGCUCAUUGCUCAUGACAAAGAGGUCUACGACAUCUCGUUCAGCCGUGCGGGUGGCGGUAGAGAUAUGUUUGCUUCUGUUGGAGCUGAUGGUUCAGUUCGUAUGUUUGACCUCCGUCACCUAGAGCACAGCACUAUUAUCUACGAAGACCCCCAACACCACCCGCUGCUCCGGCUCUGCUGGAACAAACAGGACCCCAACUACCUGGCAACCAUGGCCAUGGACAGCAUGGAGGUGGUGAUCUUAGAUGUGCGUGUGCCUUGUACUCCAGUGGCCAGACUCAGCAACCACAGGGCUUGUGUCAAUGGGAUUGCCUGGGCGCCACAUUCCUCCUGCCACAUCUGCACAGCAGCGGACGACCAUCAGGCUCUAAUCUGGGACAUCCAACAGAUGCCCCGGGCCAUCGAGGACCCUAUACUGGCUUACACAGCGGAGGGGGAGAUCAAUAAUGUCCAGUGGGCCUCCACCCAGCCAGACUGGAUUGGUAUCUGCUACAACAACUGCCUAGAAAUCCUUCGAGUCUGAGCAGCGGUUAUGAUCCUCCCAGGACUGAAAACAAAAAAACGAAGCCAGACAUAAAUUGACUCAAAAACAUUCUCAGCUGGAUUUACAAGCUGACAUGUCUGAAAGGAACAUGGACUUUAUGAUCGUUCAUAAAGAUUUUUUCAACUGUGUGACAAAUCUAGGCCGUAAAGAUGCAUUUAAUUAAAACCAUGUCUUUGAUAUUCAGUUUUGUAAUACAAGAUGUACUGCAGAAAACUAAGGUGAGCAAGGGUUAACACGUUACACAGUGUGUUUUACUCCCACUGAACCCACCAUGUUAUCCUCAACUAUUCCCUUUUUUGAGCCGUGGUUAAGCAUGGAUUGAAUGUGUUUUACGUGGAUUCAUGUGUUCAUGUUAUCAAGUCAUUUUUUAGUAUAUAAAUAUAUAUAUUUGAUUGAACUGAACAUCAUUUGUGAUAUGAAAAACACCUCAGUUGUGUUAGUGUGUCCAAUAGUUUACUGUACUUAUAAUAAUACAGUUUUUUGUUCUCUAAUAUUUUCACCAAUAAUUUUAUUUUUGCUACAUUAUUUUGUUUAAUACAGAAAUAAACAGUUCUGUGCAGUUAAAUCAUUAGACAGAAGCUUCAUGUUUAGACAAAAUAUAACUUAUUUCACAGUAAAGCAACAAAGUACUGAUAAUAAUAUAUAUUACAGAAAUGAUAGGUGGAAUCUAUUCUUCCAGUUACUGCAAAAUACUGUAAGAAAUCAUCAUCCAUUAUUUCUUCUAUGUUAUGUAGAGAAUCAACAGGUAAAAUGGAUGUUGUCAGAGUCUAGGAACUGGCAUCAAGAAUGCAAUGAACUGUGGGUUGGAGUGGGAACUACAAGUGAAAGGGGUUACAACUGCUGCAGCUGUUUGGUGUUACUUUUUUCUGAGCAUAAAUUUAUGAAAUAAAUUCUGUAUAGAUGUCAUUUGGGGAAUUUUGAGUCAGAUCAGCAUGGUUACAGAUCAGGUGAUUAGCACAUAAUGAACAACUGUUAAGAGGAAUGCCCCAGAUAUGUCUAUGCUCAUUUUAAAACACAUAAUGUGCACCAGAGAAAAGUGGCAAAAUAAUUACAAAUUGUUAAAUGUCCAGUUACCUUCUUGGCAGUCACAUUCUGUUAUUAACCAUUUCAACAAAAUCAAAACAGUUUUCUAAAAAAAAUGUGAGCCAACAUAUUGUUUAAUAUCUGAGUCUGCGUGAAGAUGCUCUGUAAUUACCAAGAAGGGAAUUACUCACGAAUUAUAAGUGACAAGUUAGAGAGGACCAGAACUCAAAAUAUGUACUGAACCGGGAAAAACCAGGA